AUGGCAGCCGCGUUGGUGCUCCGGGGGGCGGCCGGCAGCCUGCUGGGCCGGGGCCGGCGUCGAGGUGCGGGCCAGGCCGGCCUCGCGGCGGUGUGUUCUAGGUCAAUGGCUUCCAAGACUCCUGUUGGAUUCAUUGGACUGGGCAACAUGGGAAAUCCAAUGGCCAAGAACCUCAUCAAACAUGGAUACCCUCUCAUUCUUUAUGACAUAUUCCCAGAAGCAUGCAAAGAUUUCAAAGAUGGGGAACAGGUGGUGUCUUCCCCAGCAGAUGUAGCAGAGAGAGCAGACCGAAUUAUUACGAUGCUGCCUACCAGCAGUAAUGCCUUAGAAGUUUACACGGGACCUAAGGGGAUUCUCAAGAAAGUGAAGAAGGGUUCUUUAUUAAUAGAUUCCAGCACAAUUGACCCUGCGGUGUCGAAAGAGCUGGCAAAGGACGUGGAAAAGAUGGGGGCGGUUUUAAUGGAUAGCCCUGUUUCUGGUGGGGUGGGAGCCGCUCGAGCUGGGAACCUGACGUUCAUGGUCGGAGGACCGGAGCAGGAGUUUGCUGCUGCCAAAGAAUUGCUCGCGUGCAUGGGAUCCAAUGUGGUGUAUUGUGGAGGGGUGGGAACCGGACAGGCAGCAAAGAUAUGCAACAACAUGCUGUUAGCUAUCACCAUGAUCGGGACUGCUGAAACAAUGAAUCUUGGAAUCAGGUUGGGUCUUGACCCAAAACUGUUGGCUAAAAUUCUAAAUAUGAGCUCAGGUCGUUGUUGGGCAAGUGAUACUUACAAUCCUGUACCAGGGGUAAUGGAUGGAGUACCUUCUGCUAAUAAUUACCAGGGUGGAUUUGGAACAAUGCUUAUGGCCAAGGAUCUGGGUUUGGCUCAGGAGUCUGCUACCAGCACCAAAAGCCCGGUCUUUCUCGGGGGCCUGUCGCACCAGAUCUAUAGGAUGAUGUGUGCCAAGGGCUAUGCCCAGAAAGACUUCUCCUCGGUCUUCCAGUUUCUCCGGGAGGAAGAGAGCUUGUGAGCUGGCUGUGGCAGCAGGCGCUGGCAGAGACCCAAUGCUUUCUGGGAGCUUCUUUGUGGCUCACCCCAGGCGUAAGUGGGUCUGAUCAAAGGUCACGAGUCAUUGUCUUUCCUAGACCCAUCUACUUUUGGUUGUCUAGGUCACAAUGAUCUACGUCUAGAAAUGUUAUUCAUCCAUUUUUUUAAAAAAAAAACUGCUUAUUCUUUUUAGUUUAUUUAGUAAUCACAUCUUAAUUAAAUACUUUCAUACAUCAGAGGCACACCAAAGCAAUACUAAGCUUUAAAAUUUUUUUUAAUAUUUUUGCCACCCCAAAGUAUUAUGUUGGGCAAAUUCAGCUGAAUCUUGGCUUACUUUAGCUAGGUUAUUAGUCACUUCAUUUUACCAAUAAGCCAGCUCUCAAUUAAUUUUCACCAGAAUAAAACCUUUCUUUGUGGGGAGAAGGAGGUACAGUUAGAGGGGACAGGGGCAUACUGAAGAAGCAUAAGGAGCAGCUUCCCUACCCUCACCCAGUAGGUUUGUCUUCUUUAAGCACAUGGUUUCUGUAGGUUAAUAAAGUUACUGAUUUUUUUUUGUUCCAAGGAGUUGAUAAAAUUAGGUAAAAACUUGUUAUUGUGUGUUUUACAAUUUGGACUUGAUUACAUUAUCUGUGUGUGUGUGUGUGUGUGUGUGUGUGUGUGUGUGUCCGUCCCUGUGUGUGUACCUGCCCUUCCAGUAAAGCCUCCAUAUACUGUGAACUGAUUUGUAAACUUUUUGUUUCCUCAAGUAUUUUUGGACAUCAAAAGACUGGCAUCUUUAGGGCCUACUCCUGGGUUAACAAUGUAUAUUUGCUUUAGAUGAUUAUUAUGUUACUCUGAAUAAACAAACCACAUUAUUUUGAAUUCAAAUAAAUUUCUAUGCUGAUAAUGCC